AUCCUGUAUCUGCCAAGUGCCAACAUCAAAGGAAGCGUGCAAGCCACCAUAUCUUCCUAAUCCAAACCAAACACCAACCAACAAAUGGGAUCAACUGUUUGUAUAUCUCCGGCAACCUUCACAGCAGUCGCUCCCAUUAAACCCUCUUUAUCACGCACCAGAACCCUUAAUACAUCAAUCUCCUUCUCUACCAACCCCAAUCGGAAUUUCACCUUCAAACACAUCUUUUCUUUAUCAUCAUCAUCGAUGGCUUCCUCUACUCUCCAUGUCAUGGCUUCCUCUUCCACUGGUGCUGCAAGUGAAGAACUAGACACUUCAUCUUCUACCUCUGUUGGAGCAAAUGAUUUGCUUAUUGUUGGACCAGGUGUUCUUGGUCGCCUAGUUGCAGAAAAAUGGCGAGAGGAACACCCAGGAUGCCAAAUCACUGGGGAGACAGUUACUACUGAUCACCAUGAAGAGCUUAUUAAAAUUGGGAUCAAUCCAACAUUGAAGGGAGUUAAAUGGGAUCAUAAGUUCCCUUAUGUGAUCUUUUGUGCCCCACCUUCUAGAAGCUCAGACUAUGCUAGUGAUGUUGGGGAAGCUGCAUCACUUUGGAAUGGAGAAGGUUCUUUCUUGUUUACUUCAAGCUCAGCACCAUAUGAUAGAUACGAUAAUGGACAAUGCUAUGAAGAUAGUCCAGUAGUACCAAUAGGGAGGAGUCCAAGGACAGAUGUUCUUUUGAAAGCAGAGAAGAUUGUUUUAGAUGCUGGUGGCUCUGUUGUUAGGUUGGCAGGACUUUACAAAGCAGAUAGAGGAAUGCAUUUGUAUUACUUAAAACAAGGGACUAUUGAAGCUAAUCCUCAUCACCUUGUCAAUCUCAUUCAUUAUGAGGAUGCCGCCUCUCUCUCGGUUGCAAUUCUAAAAAAGAAAUUACGCAGUCGGCUAUUUUUGGGGUGUGACAAUCAUCCGGUUUCAAGACAAGAAGUGAUGGACUUGGUUGCUAAGAGUGGGAAAUUUGAUCCAACGUUUGUGGGCUUUACUGGCACAGAUGGUCCUUUGGGUAAGAAAUUGGACAACUCAAAGACAAGGGAGGAGUUAGGAUGGGAGCCAAAAUACAAAAGCUUUGCUCAUUUUCUUGGGGUAGCUUCUUGAUUUUUAUUUUUAUUUUCUUUAUGGGGAUUAUUAUUAUUAUUAUUAUUAUUAUUAUUAUUAUUAUUAUUAUUAUUAUUUUGAUUGGUGGGUGGUUGAAAAAGAAAAACGGGAUAUUUUAUUAGGAAGAUAUUUUUGCUUACACCUGAGGGAUGCACAAAAAAAUGGUUGUGGUUAUUUGUGUAACAUGACGUAUAUUUAGUGCUACUAAAUUGAGCUAAACUUGAAGUAA